AUGGGCGACCCGCACCUCCUCUCCUCCGCCCACCCCACCGCUGCCGCCGCCGCCGCCGCCUCCUCCUCGGCUCGAGAACACCCUGGCCCCAUCGACGAGGACCUCGCCGCGCCCGAUCCUUCCCCGUCCGUCGCCAAACGUCCUAGGGUUGCGGCGGAGUCGCCCGCCUCCGGCGGCUGCGUUCCGUACGUCGAGGCGGAUGUACGAGCUCUUGUAUCGAUGGCAGGAGGAAUUUACCCGCUGGCGCGGGCAGAGGCGCUCCGUGGACUCACCGCGGUCCUCGAGAAGGUCGACCCCAGCAGCCGUGCCAGCGUAGCGAUCACGGAGUGCUCCUACCAAUGCGCGGUGGUGCUCAUGAGGGACGACGACAACGGCGUCAGGUUAGCCGUCGUGCGAUUGGUAGACGCGUGUGCUCGAAAAUUUUCAGCGAGAUUGGAUUUCGAUGCCGACGGCUAUGGUGACCUGAUGGACAUGAUUUUCCUACAGCUAAGCUCCAUGGCUAGGGACAUGUGCACACAAGUGAGAAGAACUGCUUGCAAAUCAUUAGGAGCACUAGCAAAGUUUUCUACUCAGUACACUGAGAAGGCCUUGGAUUUGUUGAUGGACAUGAUGAAUGAUGAUUCGGAAGCUGUUAGGCUGCAGACUUUGGAAGCACUAUUUCAUAUGGCAACAUAUGGAUGUUUGAGUGUGCAGGAGAAGCACAUGCAUAUGUUUCUUGGAUUGCUGGUUGAUGCCAAUGCCUUAAUUCGAGAUGCAGCACUCAAGAUCCUUGGGUUAGUCAACAUGCCAAAACUUCAAAUAUUCAAAUCUGCAGUUGAUGGUCUUAUUACAAGUUUGGAGAAAUAUCCAGAGGAACAGGAUAUAUAUGGUAUUCUAUUUUCCAUUGGUAAGAAUCAUGGGAGCUUUUCAGCUAACAUAGCUAAACAUUUGGCCAAAGAGAUCACUAUGGCAUCUGAUGGAGAGCUUAUCUUGGACAAACCAAGGGUCAAAGCAUUGUUAAUAGUGUCUAUUUCAGCACCUUUUUCUGAUGAUAAGCACAAGAAGCUGAACAUACCUUCGAUUAUCUUCUCACAUGCAAUUCCUCUACUGGAGAAGGUCUCGUGUGCACUAGGAGGAGAGGUUAGUCAGGAUUCACUUUUAUCUUACUUGUGUCAUAAAGGUGGAAUGCCAUUUUGGGAAAACAGAUCAGUAUCAGCAGAGUUUGGAGAGUCUGAAAGCUGCAAUGUUGAAAAAGUGGAAAUUGGUGCCCAUGUAGAAAAUACUGCAAAGGAAACCAAGUGUCUAGAUGAAGUUCUGGUAAUGCAAUCCAUGAAAUCCAUACUAGAAAUAGUUGAAGGAUCCUGGACUAUGAGAAUGCCGUGCAAUGUUUGUGAAGUCCGGUCAAUUUUGAGAACAUGCAAAGAAGAGCUAAGAUUAUUGGCAGAAAAUUCUUCUGGAUCAAUUGGUGCAUUCUUGAGCUUUCUGAGUGAGUAUCUUGAUGCAAUAUUGUUCAUUGUUGAAAUAUGGCAGUUGAUUCAGUUGGACAAUCCUUAUACUUUUGGCCUAACGUCACUUGAUAUUUUACUGGAGAAGUUGGAUAUGUCUGUAAGAAGGAUGGAAUACUGUUAUGUUGGAUUAAAUAGAGUAUUGGAGGUCCAAGUGUUGGAGCUUUCUUUGAUAGCUCAUUUAUUUAGACUGUCAAAGAUUGCAGUUUGUUCCAAGGUAGUUCUGGGUAAGUUGCUUUGGGUAAUUAAUCGCUUAGAGCAUCUGUGUGCUGAUGGGUCCUGUGAACUGUCUGACUUCAGUAGAGAAAUUAAGAAGGCCUGUGAUACCAGCCCUACUGGCGAUAAUCUGAUUGGCAGCAUUAACAAUUUGUUUCAACUCUUCCGUCUAAAACCAACAACAGACUUUGGAAUGCUUAAAGUGAUAAAUGCAGGGUUGCGAGUCUGUGAUAACAAUUCUGAAACCCAUUACAAUACAUUUUGUGGAUUACCAGUGGGCGUCAGCUUUAAAAUAUCUCUGUGGAGCGUAUCUAGUCAUCAUAGAUUGUGGCUCCGCAUGACUAUUGGUGAAUCUAUGCAACAUACCUUCCUAGAGUUUUCUGGUUUUGGAGGCAAUGAUGAGGUGAAGAGUGGCUCUAUGGUUGCUCCUCUGUAUGCUACUCCAAAGGCAUGUUCAUUUGUGCUUCGGGGAUCAGCACCCACCAGGGAGGACAUGGAGGACCGAGUAAUUGUGUGGUUCAACUCUCUGAUGAACUGA